AUGAAGCUUUGGCUACUGAUCGCAGUCCUGGCUCUCGCUGCUGCUGACGACAGCAGUUCAACAGGCCAGUCUAACGGAGGCGACGACAACGGCGCUGAUGACAACGGACUCGAUAACGACAAUGGCAACGACGAUGCAGAAGCCGCGUCAGACGUCGAGGGACGCACUAGGUCUUCUGCGGCUGGGAAGCAACAGGGCAGAUUCUUUGGCGGGUUGGGAGGCUUCAGUCCUGUUGGAGGUGUUGGAGGCUUCAGUCCUGUUGGAGGUGUUGGAGGCUUCAGUCCUGUUGGUGGUAUCAGUCCUGUCGGAGGUAUCAGUCCUGUUGGAGGUGUUGGAGGCUUCAGUCCUGUUGGAGGGGUUGGCGGUAUCAAUCCUGUUGGAGGUGUUGGAGGCAUCAGUCCUGUUGGGGGAUUUGGAGUUAAUCCAGUAGUAGGAGGAGGAUUUGGAGCAAAUCCUGCUUUGGGAGGAUUUGGUGUGAAUCCUAUUCAUGGAGGAGGAUUGGGCAUUGGGCCUGGCAUUGGAGGCAUCGUGAGUCCUGUGGCUCCUCCCUCCACAUGCCGCUACUGGUGCAGGACACCCGAGGGUCAGGCCUACUGCUGUGAGAACAUCAACCAGCCACAGAGUGCUGCUGGUGUAGUCAAACCGGGAUUCUGUCCCCCCGUCCGUCCAGUGUGCCCUCUCAGGAGCUUCCAGCCACCUUUCACUUGCUCCAACGACGGCGCUUGCGGAGGCAUCGACAAGUGCUGCUUCGACAGAUGUCUCGGCGAACACGUGUGCAAGCCUCCUCUGGGCAUCGGGCGAUAA